AUGGGCUGCUGCUGCCGCCUCCUCCUCGCCCUCCUCCUCCUCCCGGCAGGACUGGGCGGUGACUCCACAGCAUCACCCCUCACCCCCGCCAGCCCUCCCUUCCCCUCGGAGGAGAUCCCAGCCGGGCCGGGCUCCAGGGAUGCAGCUGUCCCCACGCCAGCUCCUGGCCAGCCCUCGCUGCCCAUGUCUAUGGGACCUGCCGGAGACAAGGUGUCCUCUGGGCUGGCAGAGGGGGAUGGCCGCAGUGACACCCCCAGGGUGACACUGUCCCCUGCUCCUGCCUCCGUCACGGGGAGCUCCAUCACCGCGGCCACCGUCACCAUAACCGACAGCCCAUCCGUAGCCUCCAACACCAGCUUGGUGCCACCAACCUUGGAGACAGCCCCAGGUCUUCAGACAGUAAAUACUGCCAGCUUGGCAAGAGGCACGAUGGAUUUCAGGGCAGCUCCCAGCCCCACGGGUACACCUGCAUCAUCCUCCUCCUCCUCCCUCCCCACCAGCAACCUGCACUCACCCCCCAGGACGGACUUGUCCCCAACACCUCUCCUCAUGAGCCCUGGCACCGCCCAGCCACCGGCACUGACCAAGGACGUCCCUUCCCUGGGGACGCUGGCCAUGGCAUCAAGCCUGGCCGUGGAGCCAACGUCCCCCCCAGUGACUGUGACGAGCCCCACCGCAGCGGAGGCCGCGGCCACCGGCAAAACCACCCUUUCCACCGGAGUCACCAUGGAAGAGGUCCCACGUGCCUUGAGCACAGGGAGCAUCGUGGCCAUAACCAUGACGGUCAUCGUGGUGGUGGUGCUGGUGUUCGGGGUGGCGGCGUACCUCAAGAUCAGGCACUCCUCCUACGGCAGGCUUUUGGAUGACCACGACUACGGCUCCUGGGGCAACUACAACAACCCUCUCUACGACGACUCCUAGCAGGGACGAGGGGAAAAAAAUAAAUCCUUAAUUUAUAAGUGCUUCUGCAGCAGAGCAUCCGCUGUCAAGGAGAUGCCCGGGCGCUCAGCCGCUGCUGCGGGCAGGAUUACGGCGGGUCCGACGGACGA